AUGACGGCACCGUCCCCCACUCCUAACUUCAACAUCAUGGGCUCGGAGGCGCCCGGUUGUCUUCCCCUCAACAAUUCCUGUGUCUGCCACACCGAAUACAUGUUCUACGAGUACAUGGAGCGGAUGCUGCUAGGCCUCGUCGCCGUGCCGAUCAUCGCUUUCGGAGUCCUCGCCAACCUCACCUCGGUCCGAAUCUUCACCCACCGGAUCAUGUCCUCCUCCAGCAUCAACUGGUACCUGGCCGUCCUCUCCGCCUCAGAUACCCUCAUCCUCAUCUCUGCCUUCUUUGUCCUUGCGCUUCCACGGUUUGGCGAGCUGCUCUCUUGGUGGCGAGCCAGUUAUAUCAGGUUCGUUUUUCAUGUCGUCUGAAUACGAGGUUGAGUUUGUCGGUGGAAACUGAGGUGCAGACAUUUACAAAAAACUUUCAAAAACAAAUUGAUUUCCGAUUCAAAAGAAAAAGUUUUUUUCCGAUUAAAUUUGUCUAUUUGUCAACCCAAACUGCUUUUUUGAAGUUUUUAUUUAGAUGUUUUUAUAAGGCGGUUAGAGAAAACAAUGAACUGUACUCAAAAAUGUCUACGCUUCGGUUUUCUUCCAUAAUUUUUUAGUUGAGUGCUACUGUCCGUUCCUAGUGAGAAGUCGUCAAAAAAAUUUUUUGAAACAUUCUUUACUGUUCAACGCCAUAAAGCUAAUUAGGAAAUCUUUUUUCAAUACUUGUAAAAAAAGUACUUUUUAAAAAAAAAGCUUUAUUCUAAUGGUUUUGCUGAUUUUUGUACAGUUUUGUUGCCUCAGCCGCUAGCUGUAGUUGUUUUUUUGUGCAGCUCAGUUUCUAUUAUCAUUUUCGCAGCUCACUAUUUUUUUUACGUGUCAAAUUAUGCCUUUCUUUGUUUCUCAUGCACUAAUCAGUAAUUUUAUUCGAAAAUGGUGGUCAAAAGCGAGAUAAUUUAUUUAACUGCAGAAAUCGAGUUUUUUUUUUUAUUUCUAGCUCAACCUUUGCCUUUUUUCAGUUUGGAUGUGUUUAGUUAUCAUGUUUGUGUUGAUGUUUCUGUGCAAUAAACAUUGAUAAUUGAUGUUAACCUUGGUUUUUCAAAAGAAUAUUCCGAUUUCAGCUACUCGGUGACGCCAUACAUGUAUGGGCUCAUGAUGACGGCUCAAACUUGCAGGUGUGUCAAGUUUAUUUUCGAAAGUUUGCAUUAUUUAUACUUCUAACAUUCAUAAAGGGUAAACUUGAUUUUUCUCUUUUGACAAACACCUUUAAAGGCGCGUACUUCGACAUUUCUAUCAUUCAGCAUAGGCUUCUGUGUCAUAAUGUUAGCUCUAAGCAACCUUUGGAAAAGUUUCCGGUAAAUUUCAAAUUUCGGAACUCUUUGAAAUUCAUCAGGCUGUUCUGAAAUGAUGAUUGAUGACAGGUUUGCAUUCCAAAAAGCAUCAAUCAAAGUUUUGAAUUGAGAUUUCAAAAUAUAAAAAACAGUUUUUUUCUUUUCAAGUUUUUUUAAAAAAACUAUAUAGACUUUUGCCGUUUUUUUUUCUGAAACGGAUUUGGUCUCUUUAUUCAAUCGAACGCUGGGGGUUAAACUUUGAACCUUCUAAAAAGACUCGUUGCUAAUCAUGAGAAAACUUUAAAUAAAAACAUGAGCUUCUGAGUUAUUUCUGAAAGUUGAAGCAUAAAAAAAAACUUUCUGGCCUGAAAAUUUCCUUAUUUUGCCAUCAUCACUGCUGAUCAAUAAUGAAAACAAAUUCCGCUAGGAUCAAGAGUCAUAUUAUUUUCGGCACCCAGUCAGUUUUUCCCUCGAUAGAGACUUUCUAAGACUGUAAUUCAAGAUUCAUUUUGACAGUGUGUUCAUGACUGUGGGAGUAUCAGUCCAUCGUUACAUCGGAGUGUGUCAUCCGUACAAAUCCGUCGAAUGGCUCCCCAAAAAACGAGUCACCACUUUCAUUUUGUGCCUCAUCGGCUUCAGUGUCAUCUUCAACACCACACGUUUUUUCGAGGUCUGUCAAUUUUCUAUUAUUGACUCGAAAUAUCUCACUAGGUUGCUCAAAGCUACAAAUACCUUUUUGGUUAAGCUCAUCAAUAAACUCAUCAUCACUUUUUUCGAACUUCUUUUUUUCCAGGUUUACAUCUCAAAUGUUUGCUUUCGCGAGAACAUCAAGUUCGACAUGCCUUCCUUGCAACCAACAUCUUUGCGAAUGUCGAGUCUUUAUAGGUUUGUUCUUUUAUUUUUCACGUUGAUAUCCUUGGGAAGUGUAGAAAAUGAUUCAAAAUUUUCAGGCAAAUCUUUUUCGGUUGGGCCUACACGAUUGUCAUGUACGUAGUGCCGUUUACCUUGCUCAUCGCGCUGAAUUCGAUGGUCCUGUCCGCAGUCCGGAAAAGUCGCCGGAUGCACAUGGUCAGCCAGGUGAGAGCCUGAAGAAUGAGACCUCUUCUAAGAAUUAAAAAAAAACAAAAUAUUUAAUCUUCUUAAAAAACAAACUUUUUUUUAUUCUUCAUCUUCUUUUAAUCUGAUUAAACCUGGAGUCGUAGCUCAAGGAGGGUUUUAAAAUAAAGUUCAACACGACCUGGGCUUUGAAAAAGAACUGAAAAAAUCGAAAAGACUUUUUAGCCUGACGAUCUGGUUUUAGAAAUGAGUUCUACUAAAUUGUCUACACUGUUUGUCUUAUUUGACAAAGUACGUUUCAGUGCGGAGCCGAAAACGAAGAGUACUCGAAAAAGGCGGAGAGAAAAGAACGACAGACGUCGAUAAUGCUCGUCUCAAUCGUCGUCCUCUUCAUCUCCUGCAACACUCUCGCCUUCGUCUGCAACAUCAUGGAGAACGUGGAAGAAGAAGGUCCCAUGUACCAGUCGCUGGUCACCUUCAACAACCUUCUUGUCAGUUCCAGUCCUCAAGUUUGGAAAAUAAUUGUGAAAAAGCUGCUGAAUUGUGACAUCAGUAGAAAUCGAAGACCUUCUCUCAAUAAAAGACUAACUCAAAAAAGCUUGAAAAACUUGAGACGUGAACAAAAUAUAAUAUUCUGCAUAGUUUACACUGUGUAUUAUUAUGUCGUCAGAACCCGUCUCUUAACUUUCAGUGAUACCUCAAGUCAGCCGUGAGUCUAUUUCAUUUCGUUUUGGAAAUUUUCGCAUUUUUAUUGCCAGAUUUUUCUAGUUAUGAAUGGGAGAUUUUUUUUUUCGUCCUGAAAGCAAGUUAAAAAAAAACGAGAAGCUCGCAACUUUGACAGACUUGAAUUGAGAUUUUCGAUGGGUCUAUUUGCAGGUGAUAAUCAACGCUUCGUUCAACAUUUGCGUGUACAUGCUUUUCUCCGACAAGUACCGGACUCUGCUUCGGCAUUACGUCUGCUGCGAUUGGUCACGGCCCGGCGAACUUCUCGUCAGCUCCGUCGCCGCUUGA